CUCGUCGACUGCGGCGCGAACCUGCAGGGCCGCCACGGCUUCGACGAGACCGCGCGGCUCCUCGACCGCGCGGCGCUCGCGGGCGUGGGCCGCGUCGUGCUCACGGGCUGCGACGUGGCCGGCUCGCGGUCGGGCGUCGCGUUCUGCGAACGGCGGUCCGCGGCCGGCGAAAAGGGCCUCUACGCGACCGCGGGCGUGCACCCGCACGACGCCAAGACCUGGGACGACGCCACGGCGGCGGAACUCCGGGCCAUCGCGGCGUCGCCCCACUGCGUCGCCCUCGGCGAGUGCGGCCUCGACUACGACCGCAUGUUCUCGCCGCGCGAGACGCAGCGGGACGUCUUCGCGGCGCAGUGCGCGCUGGCCAGAGACCUCGGCAAGCCCCUCUGGGUCCACGUGCGCGAGGUCGACGCGCCCGGCGCGCCCCUGGGCGCCUACGCCGACGCCAUCGCGAUUCUGGGCGCGUCGGGCCUCGACCCGCGCCGCGUCUGCGUCCACUGCUUCACGGGGUCCGAAGCGGAGCUCCGGGCCGUCCGGAACUUCGGCGCGCGCGUGGGCUUCACGGGCUUCCUGGGCAUCGCGAAGCGGUCCGGCGCCACGCGGUCCGCCGCCGCGGCGCUCGCGGCGGCGGGGCUCCUCGACGUCGCCCGAGGCGACGUCUUGCUCGAGACGGACGCGCCGUUCAUGCUCCCG